AUGACACUCUUUGCUGCGUUUAGUGGUUUGAAAGAGGGGAAGUUCACCUUCUCCAUUGGAAAGAAUCCGCCUAAGAUGUUAACUGAGCUGGUCACCAGAGCUCAGAAAUACACUAAUGCCGAGGAAUUCUCCAAUUCUCACAAAAAUGUUCAAGUAGCAGAGUUGACUAGCAAGGGGAAGAGGUCGAGGAACGAAGAACCCCAGUCAUCCAGUAAAAAACCAGAUGACUGCGCUCAUCGUGAUCGUCAUUCGAGCAGAAAACCUGAGGAUAAAUUCCAUUCCUACACCCCCCUUAACAAGUCUACUGAACAAAUACUACUGGACAUCAGAGGCCAGAAGCUCAUGAAUUGGCCCGUUUGUAUGAAGGCCGACCCAGAUCAUCAAGAUAAGUGCAAGUAUUAUCGUUUCCAUCGUGAUCACGGCCACAAUAUGGCCGACUACGUGGAUCUCAAAGAUGAGAUCGAGACCCUUAUCCGUAAGGGUCAUCUGCGCCGAUAUACCAAGGAAGAGAGAAUAGCUCCGAGAGAAGAACGAGAACAACCGAGCAAUGCUGCGGAAGAGCCGACAGAGAUCCGUACCAUCUUUGGUGGUUCAUCCGGUGGAGGGGACUCAAACAGGGCCUAUAAAGCCUAUUCUCGAAAGUCUAAACCGGAACAUUACAUCCACAUGACCAAGAGGCCGAGUAAAGAGCUUCGAAUCAGUCUGUGCAGUCUGACCUUCACAGAAGAUGUUGCACGCAGAAUUCAGCAUCCUCACGAUGGUGCCUUAGUUGUGACUUUGAUCAUAGCCAAUCACAAGGUGUAUCGUAUCCUGGUCAAUACUGGGAGCUCGACUGACGUUAUCUACUCGAAAGCUUUUGAAAGAAUGGGGAUUCCAAGGUCGUGCCUCAGACUUGUGAAAACCCCCCUGUACAGCUUUUCUGGAGAAAGGGUGAUCUCCAAGGGAGCCAUCUCCCUCCCUGUGAUCGCGGGAGAAGGACGACAUCAAGUCACCCUCCUAGUAGACUUCCUCGUCGUUAAUGUGCAAUCAGUACAUAAUGUCAUUCUAGGCAGACAUUCUCUCAACACAAUGGGGGCAGUCGUCUCCACUUACCAUCUGAUGAUGAAGUUUCCCGCUGAGAGCGGAAUAGGCUAUCUCCGAGGCGAUCAACGUGAGGCUCAGAAAUGUUAUGCGAUAGUAGUAAAGAAAGGGUCUGUGAAGCAAGCCCUCAUCAUCAAUGUCCUCGAUCCCAGGGGACCUAUGGGGGACUCAUCUGCGAAAGACUUGGAGGUAAUACCUCUCGACGAGGCAGAUCCGAGUAAAACUGUUAAGCUCAGAAUAUCGUUGAAUUCUGAGCAACGGUCCGAAAUGUUGGCCUUCCUGCAACUACACAGAGACGUCUUCGCAUGGUCGCAUAAGGAUAUGCCAGGGAUCUCUCCUGAUGUCAUGGUUCACAGGCUGAAUGUGGACCUAGAUCAUAAACCUGUGAAACAAAAGAGGAGAUAG